GCCUUCACUCGCCACUUCACAUUCACUCUCGGCGCCCCUUGUCGAACUCCGUUCCGUUCCGUUUAUCCUAAUUCCUAUCCCUCCGACUCGCCCUGAAAAGUGUCAUCAAUCAUAUCGGAUUUUUUCCAUUUCUCUAAUUUGUGCAGAACCAUACCCAUGGUGUAAACUGUAAACAGGGGUUAAGGUGGAGCACUAUCGAAUUCUAUCGCCCAAAAUUUCUCGCGCUUCAUUGUUUUGUUACGUUACGCCAGAUCGUCUUAAGUUAUCGUCACUGUCCGAUUCGAGUUCCGACAACCAGUGGGUACUCGUAAUCCACUAUCGCUUCUCCGCCACCGGUUGCCGGCUGUGUUUUCUCUACGUUAUUGGAAUAAUCAGUCUUGAACUUCAUUCUCCGGCAAUCUUUUGUGGGUUCUUUUUCCAGUCAUGGAAACCACCAAAGAAGAAGAUGCUCCCGUUUUUCUUGAUCGUUCUUCUCGGUUGACUAGAGGAAAGAGGAUGACCAGGCUGCUUGAUGAGGAAGUCGAAGAAGACGAGUUGUUUUGGAAUCAGGAAGCUCUGAAAGAGGAAGAGAAUGAUGAUGAAUAUGAAGAAGAACCUGAGAUUGCUGAUGAAUUUGAUAGUGAUUUCAAUGAAGAUGAGUCCGAACCAGAGGAAGAAGCUGAGAAUGAAGCAGAUGACAGGACACAAACAAAGAAGCGACUAAUAUUUCCGGGAAAGACUUCUUCAAAGAAAAAGAAUAAAAAGAGAGCUGUUUCGAAAAUAGAGACGCCUUCUAAAGAUGAAGCAUCAACUGAUCACUCUACACCUCCUGAACAUCAUGAUACACCAGAUGAUACUGAAGUGGAGAGAACGGUGAGGAAAUCCACUAGAACUUCAGUUAUUGUUAGGCAAGCUGAGAGGGAUGCUAUUCGUGCGGCUUUGCAAGCCACAAUGAAGCCAAUAAAGAGGAAAAAUCCAGGCGAGGAGAAGAAGAUGAGUCAGGAAGACAUGCUUCUUGAAGCUGCUCAAACAGAAAUCAUGAACUUGAGGAAUUUGGAGCGUGUUUUGGCAAGGGAAGAAGAAGUCAAAAAGAGAGCAAUUGUGCAUAAAGAUGUGUACAGUGGUCCACGGAUACGAUACUUAUCAAUAAGUGGUUGCUCGUAUCUAGAGUUUAGUAAAGGAUCAUCAUUUCAGGCAGAGCUUUCAACCGCAUCAGUUCCAUAUCCAGAGAAAAAUGUAUGUGUGAUAACUGGUUUGCCUGCGAGGUAUCGUGACCCAAAAACAGGGUUACCUUAUGCAACUAAAGAAGCUUUUAAGACAAUCCGUGAACGUUUUGCGGAUGAUGGUAUGGGAGCCAAGAAGGACAUGGAUAUGGGAUAUUUAUUUGCUUCGCUUUCUGGUAAAGGAUUCUCAGCAAGGCGGAAGAGAUCAAUGCUGCAAAAUAAAAACAGAAUGCCCUACUUACGCCACUUUUCUCGUUUUCGCCAAAUUCCAGCCAUUGAUUCUGAACUUUCUGAUUAGUUUUUCAAGCCAUAGUUUGUUCAGGGAUGGGACCAGACGUGAGGGGAGGCAGUGUUUUGAUUUUCAGUGCUUGGAGACAUUGGCUCUGAUGAACUUAGAAACUGGAAUAUAGAAACCGAAUUUUCCUACUCCAUAGGUUUCAUUUCGAGGGAAUUUCAGAACCUAACACCUGCAGUUUCAGGGGCCCUUUUGGGCUUCGCAACAAUUCACCAUCUCUAUAGUUGUUUAGUCCACUAUUGUUAUGCUACCAUUGCAAGCCAGGUUCUUCUUAAGUACUUGGACAUUUCCCCUGAAUAACUGUUUCGGACAGUUUCUGGAUGUGUUCUCGAUAAUCAGAACUUAGUUAGGAGUAGAUGUUAUUUACCACUAAGUUAGGCUCGUUUUAGCUUCAAAUCUUGUUCCUAUAUUGUUCUUUUUGUUUGGAUUUUUCUAUCCAAGCCACUGUAAUCUUGUUUAAGAUGUUGUCAUAUGUAUUCUGAUAUUUUGAAAAUGAAAAUGGAAGAAACCUAUAAAUUGUUUUUAGAGACUUAAA